AUGGUGAUGCCUACGGGGUUUGCCCCCCUCGCCUCGGGGCGCUCGAGCCUCUUGCCGACCGCCUCUCCCUUUCUUUCUCCGAAUUUCGUGACUUCAGACUUCAGCUUCACGGCAGGCGCCAAUGGCAGCAGCGAGUGGCAGUGUCUAGACAGCGUGUGGUACCGGAAACUGGACGUCUUCGACAUGGAGUGGACGGAGGAGAGACAACUCUUUGACCUGUUUGUCGUUGCCGCCGCGCCUUACGGAGGCCCGGUCGCGUGUGUCAGAAACGAAAAGGUUUUCCAGCCGGCGAGAAAGAACAUUAAGCCCGAAUUGCAGAUUUUCUCGGCCCGCGGGCGGCUGCUGGCGAAGUCCCCGUGGACGUACAGCCGACUCAUCUGCAUGAGCUGGAACAACGACGAAGACGGCGUGGUUCGGACCUUCUCUCCACAGUGCGAGAAACUGCACUUUUUCUCGCUGGACGAGCGCGUGAAAGUCGAGGGCGGCCUCGUUCAAGCUGUCGUAGGCGGCUGCGGGAUCGUCGCGCUCACCGCCGCUCUGAAUUUCUACUACAACGAUGCUUUCGAUCGGUGCCAGGCCGUCGUCCUUCCAGACCCAGGCCUGCGCGGACCGCCUCUGAGUUUGUGCAUCUUGCCCUCGCCGUCUCCAAACGCGCACGACUCCGCCGAGGGCACCUUCUCCUGGUUCUCCCCCUCGGCGACGAAACUCGAAGAGCCGCGCGUCCUCGUCGCUGCUGAAAACGGCCCACUUCUGCUCCUGGAUCGACACCGUUGUGUGGACCUGAAACUGGAGGACGGUCCCUUCGUCGCUCUCUCUGUCUCCCGAUCCGGCCGUCUCCUGGCGUGUCUCUCGGCCUCCGGGCAACUCAAGGUGUUGUCGACUGCGGGCGUCCCUCAAGCCAUUGCUUCGCCCAUUCUCGAGAGGCAGCGACGCCCGAAGCAGGUCCAGUGGUGCGGCGACGACUGCCUCGCGCUUUACAUUCCCAUGCACACCCCGUCGGGCGACGUGCAGCACACGCUGUUUCUGGGCGGGCCGAAGAACGAGUGGUUGCCUUACCAGUACGGGACGAGCAGUGGGGGCUCGAGUCUUUUUCUGGUCUCCGAAGUCGACGGCCUGCGCAUUUUGUCCACGUACAAAACGGAGUUUUUGCACCGAGUGGCGACGAGCACCGACGCAGUCUUCUCCGUGGGCAGUUGCGAACCGCCGGCGAUGCUCUGCUACGCCAUGGAGCGCUACCGCGCACAAGACGCCGCAGCGGACGAAAGCCUUCGGUCUAUCAAACAGGACUUGGCGGGCGCUGCAGAAGCAUGCAUCGACGCGGCGACCUACGAAUGGCACUUUGACCAGGCAGCGCUCCUCCUCCAGGCCGCAGUGUUUGGUCGUCAAUUCCUGGACGGCGAGGCCCGACAGAGCUGUCGAGCCUUCGUGCGCGCAUGCAGAGAUCUUCGGAUUUGUUACGCAGUUCGCCAGCCGCCUCUGGAGAUGCCCAUCUCAGUUGCGCAGCUGCGACACAUGAGUCUCCCCACGCUCGUUCGUCGCAUCGCCAAUCGACGACAACACCUGCUUGCGUACCGCAUUUGCCAGUACGUCGGGCUGCCGGCGCGCGCCGUGUUAGCUUCCUGGGCCGUGGAGAAGAUCCACCACAGCGUGUCUUUGACGGACGAGGAGUUGUCGGCUGUGGUGUGCCGACGCCUCUCCCUGGCUUCCGGCGACGCCGCGCUGGUCCUCGGCGCGCCGCCUCCCCUCGAGUCGAGCGGCGCACAGAGAGGCGGACGGAGCACUCCCGACGCCAUCUCGCCGGUUCUCCCCUUUGCGAAGGUUGCGCUCUGCGCCGCACAGGCUGGGCGACCCGUGCUCGCCACGCGGCUCGUCGAAUUCGAAGUGGUCACCAAAGAACAAGUCAAAAUGCUGCUGAAACUCGCAGAACUGAACAUUGCGACGGAGAAGGCGGUGGGGGCCGGCGACCCAGACCUCGUCAUGCAGUGUCUGUACAGCGCUCUCGCUCACGAGCAACAGACAACCGGCGACGAAGCCGACCUCUCGUUGCUGACUGAAGUGCUUCAGGAUCGGCCUCUCGCGCAAGACCUCUUUGCCUUGUACUGCCGAGAGACGGGCCAACGAGACAUGCUACAGCUGUACUUCGAGAGGAGCAAGCGGCUGUACGACGCAGGCUUGACGGCGCUGAACAUCGCGUCGCGACAACGCUCCUGGGAAGGCAAGAAGCAUGCGCUGGGACGCGCCGCGACCUUCUUCGCUGCAUGCAGAAACUCGCACGACCUCGCAGCCUUCGCGCAUGCGCAAACGCUCUCGCAAAUUGACCUCCUCAACUACCAGAACGAGUUGGAAGUGAAGGCGAACACGCAGGGCUGGCCGAAUCCGCCGCAUGUCUUUGUGGGCAUGCCGCUGAUGGAAACGGUGCGACAGGUGAUUCUCAAAAUGGAGUUCCACGAGGCAGACCACCUCCAGAAGAUGUUCAAAAUCCCCGACAAGCGCUACUGGCGGUGUAAGAUCGACGCACUCGCUGACGGACAUUAUUUCGAGGAACUCCUCGCCUUCGCCCAGUACAGAACGUCUCCGGUCGGCUACGAUCCCUUCAUCAUCGCCUGCAUGCGGAACGAGAGCUGGGACACAGCUGCGAAAAUCGUUCCAAAGGUGAAGGAUCCGGAGGAACAGGCGAUGUGGUACUCUGAACUAGGCAUGCAACGCGAGGCGGAGGCUGCGAAGAGCGCCGGCUCUCAAUCCCUCAGCGGCGGUUUGUUCCAGACCCUCACCGACGCCUUCAAAGGCCGGAGGUGA